CCUUCUUCUCACCAUGUAGGUCUCUCGCAUACUUUAAGACCGUCCGGAUUCUCCUUCCGCCAUCUUGGAUGAACGGUACAGAUGUUGCCACGGCAACGUGGGAACGCUACUCUACCAGUGACGUCAGAAUAGCACCAGCCAAUGAGAACUUUCCUUACACAGAGAAGUUUACAGGGUGUGGUUUACCCGGGAGGUUUAUCAGCUUGACCCCGGGUUAUAUCAGCAACAGGAAAGUUGGACUGGACGCGCUUCAUGAUAUCUAUGGCACUCCGAAUAAGGUGAUAGUACACGAAUGGGGCCACUUUCGAUGGGGUCUCUUCGAUGAGUAUCCCCGGUACGACAGCUUCUAUCAAGAUCUUGAGACCGGGAACGUUGAAGCAACAAGAUGCGUCCGAUCCAUUCCUGGUGAGAUACGGAAUAUCCGAACUGGUAAGCCAUGCGGAGUGGAUGAUUAUAACAGCGAUGGACUGCCCGACUCCUCAACGUGUGUAUUCAUUGACGAUAUGGAAGCGAAGACGUACAGUGCGUCCAUCAUGUAUAAGCAAUAUCUUUCUAAUAAUGAGCAGUUUUGCGAUGAUCCCACUCGCCCCGGUGUACCAGAUACAGUCGCACAUAAUCCUAUGGCACCUAACGAACAAAACAACAAGUGUCAGCAGCGAAGUUCAUGGGAGGUACUGCGUGCGCAUCCUGACUUUGAGGACACGGAUAGUCUCGAUCCCAAACCCGUUCGUAGCACAGACCCUGAGUUCAUCAUAGUACGACAGAAGCUGCAGACUACGACUGUCCUUGUUCUCGACAUAUCGGGCAGUAUGGAAGGAGAACGACUGGUGCUCCUCCAACAGGCUUCGGCGAACAUCAUUGAGAACGUUCUCCCCAUGGGGUCACGUCUCGGCAUCAUCGCCUUCAGCGAGUACGCCACCGUGCGCCACGACAUCGUCGAGAUCGACUCGCAGGACACGCGACGGUCUCUGUUGAACAGCCUGCCGAAGAAAGCGGACGGGAGAACGAGCAUCGGCAGAGGUGUUGAAUUGGCAGUGCAAAAACUCCGUGAAUACGAGAGUGACCCAGCCGGAAGUACUCUCAUUGUGAUCACCGAUGGGGAACAGAACUCUCACCCUUACAUCCAAGAUGUCUUACAAAAGACUGACAACCUGACCGUCAACACGGUAGCCGUUGGUGGGGAAGCAGACGGAGAGCUGGAACUUUUAGCUGUGCACACCGGGGGAGAUUCCUUCUCACACACCGACAAGUCCAGCGAAAUCUAUUUGUCUUUCUUCAAGGCGGCUGCCGCUCAAAUGAGUGGAGGAAAGAGUCAAUCCCAGGUCACGGACACCGUCAUCGACGCCGACUUCGUCUCCAUCCCUCUACGAGAAACCUUCACCAACAAAUUCCACCUGGACGACGCCCUCACCGGUGGUCUUAAGAUUACCAUCGCGUACAUCUGGACCUUGAGGCCUGCCGAUGUGUCCUUUCUGCUGGUCCGGCCAGACGGCCUGCCGUUCCAUAAUUCGAAUUUGCGUCCUCCUCGUUUCACUACGGAACCUCGUUACAAGCAGAUCAAGAUCAAUCUCGGCGCAGAUGAUGUUGUGGCCGGCGAAUGGACAUUAAACGUGACUAACCAAGGUUCGUUCCAAGAUGAUUUCAACAUCGUCAUCCAACCACGAGUCAAAGAAGGGACCACGCCCAUAAUAGCCACCGCCCAGUGGGCGGUGCCUUCUGUAACCCCGCCCAAUCGACAGAUCCUGUUUGUCUUUGUGCAACAAGGUGACACACCCGUGACGGAGGCGCGAGUACAGGCUCAAGUGAGACUGAACACAAAUGCUCAAGAGAAUAACACCGUCACCAUAGUGCCUCAUGAUGACGGCAUCGGAGCGGAUAUUACAAAGGAUGAUGGGAUAUAUUCGGCGUAUUUCACGAGUUUCCUCGGAAAGGGGCGUCAUGGUGUCGAGGUUCGCGUUAGUGCCUCCCACGAAACAAAGCUUUCCAAAGGGGGUCUGGUGGGGUACGGUGCCGCGUCCAAUCCCGCCUUUGCCUCAGAAGAACGGACCAUAGUCACCGAAUACACGGGCGAUUUUCAGCGAGAGAUCACCGGCGGUAGCUUCGAAUGCACCACAACAGACUGCGGGAACAGUUCUGUAGAUCUUUACCCACCCAGCCGUAUCCACGACUUGAGUGUUGUACGGGUUCACGACGACUCUUUGGUUUUACGAUUUAGCGCACCUGGGGAUGAUUUAGCAGCCGGUUCUGCUACAAAAUACGAGAUACGUUAUUCAGCAAACUUUACAGAAAUCACCAAGGACUUCCAGUCGAGUAACAUCGUCCCUGAAAACUGGAUUACCGACUUCUCACAUCCCAGAAAAGCAGGAGCAGCGGAAAAGUUUACAAUAAAAUUAUUAGAUGACACAGUCGGAACAACCCUAAUUUUCGGCAUCGUCGCCAUCGACGAGGCGAACAAUCAAGGCGAACGCUCGAAUCUCGUCGUUUUACAGUCGACGCCGACCGCUUCCGCACAAAAGGGCUGGCCCCCGGGCGCCAUCGCAGGCGUCGCGCUGUCCAUGUUCAUCAUUCUUUUAUGUAUACUCAUCGUCGGGUUGGUGUAUGUUUGGAGGCGGAAAAGUGCGCCAUCAAAGAGCCCAUGCAACGGCCAUCAUCCAGUUUCCGUAUGACAUGGAAGAGUGUUUUCCCUUUAAAAGAAAACGAACAACCCGGCAGAAGUGGCUAGAUAACGUCUACCCUUGCACUGUAAUGCCAGACGAUCAAGUAAUAUUUGACACUCUCUGAUGAUGUCAUAUACAAUAAUAUGAUCAAAUGACUUUGACCAUCUCAAUGUCAUAGACAUUAUUCUAUUGUUUAAAAUUGAUGACGUAAUUUGCUUGUGGUAGCCGCGGUAAUAAGUACUGUGAACUGUACGGUGAUGCAACUCUGAUGGCAGCAGACAGUAGUGCAAGUUGAGAUAAUUAAUUUCUUUAUUAUACAGCAAAUAUGAACGUCUAGAACAUGAACAUGCUGGAAUCAAAUUAGAUGGAGAUACGGAGUUAAUAUAACCAUUUGGAUAUACAAAGAAAAGACGUUGAAACAGCGAAGAUAAUCCUAAAUUAUUUAUGCUCUGCAGUAGAAAAUGGAUUUUGAAUGACUGCGGAUGACAACGUUGAGGGCAGCAUAAAGAUGAUGAAAACUGCAAGCUUGGCCUUUGAACUUGGUUGAUAUUAAGCAGAAAUGGACCAACACGAAGAGAUCACAAAGGCCUGUUUUCAUCAGCCCAUAUUUACAAUUAGCGGGAUAUUUGGUCGAGAAAAUCUCCCGAUAAAUCUUGGUCUUGUUUCCAAAUCUCCCGCUAUUUAUAGCGGGCUAAUUUGCGACCGUUCGAGCUAGUUUGUGAUGAGCGUAUCGGUCUGGUGAGGACGCAAUUUCGAGCUUCUGGAUAAUAUAUUGAGUCACAAAAUUGCGGGUUAUUUGGCAAGCUCGAGCUGAUGAGAACAGGCCCAUGACACUGGUUUGGGUGACUGGACGUAUGGAAAUGGUUUCGAGUGAUACGUCGCAGACUGCAAUUCUAGGCACUGGACAACAAAAUUGUAUUGGUCCUAGAAACUCCUGGCACUGCAGCUCGUGGACUUACUAAAUCGUAUGCAUUUGGAACUGAAUGUUUCAUACAUCAUACUAGGAUGCGCUAAUUGUCGACAAUCAUUGUGAUAUCGCUAGGCCAAAAAGCUAAUCGACUCUUUUGGUGAUAUUCUAUUUAUAAUCUGACACCUCUUUCUGCAUUAUUGUACUUACACAAAAAAUGUAUGUGUGACGAAUGUGACUAAAAUACAACAUUUUUUGUGUUUCUGUAUCCAUUUUGAAAGAACGAGGGGACUGUUCACAUGCUAGAUUGUUUCCAAUUCAUACUCUUCGUCACAUUAUUUUGUAACAGUUAAUUGUGUGGUACUAUAUAAAGUUUUUUGGAGUUACAAAAUUGAAUGAUAACUUGUAACUUGGACCGUUUUGUCGAGUCCAUUAUUUAUUCAUUUUUAUUGUGUCAAAAAUGAAAAACUGUCAUGCAGCGUAUGUUUUUACAAGUGACCGAAUAUUUGUGUACGUUAAAGUGUGGAGCAACAGUGUACUUUUGCUCUACCUAUUUGUAUCAUUAAGAUUAUCAUGCAUUAUGUGGGCUACUCUAAAUCUUUCAAUUAUUUUAAAUGUCGGCAUCUUUUCUGUAUUACUUACUACAUGGUGGUUGUUAUUUACGGUGUGCUCAGUAAAAAAAAAAUCACUUCUUUGCAGCUGUCUUUGUCAGUGAUUUUUUCGGGGGGGGGGGGGGAGGGGAGGGGGCUAGGUCAAGGGUGCCGCCCGAGUAAAAUCGAAAAACUCUUUAGUUAAGCUGAUCAGUUGUUCUUGAGACGUUCCGGGCCUCCUCGGAAAACUUUUCGACUUUUUAGACUUUUUAGAAUUUAGACAGAUGAAAUCUUCCCAUAUAUCAUGGUGAAAUCACUUGGAUUUUUUAAAAAUGAUCUUAAUUCAUUUCUAAAAUAUCAGUACAUUGUACAGUUUUCAUAUUAAGCGCUUGCGUGACAGGUAAACAAUUCUAUUCAUGCUAGUUUUACCGAUCUCUAAACGUUACAAAUUCCAACUACAAAAAGGUUCAGAUUCGAACUGUUUUAUCAUAAAUUAUGACUGAGAUUAUCGUGUAUUAUUUGUAUAACUGCUUUGAAUGUAGCGAGCAAGGUUGCAUUUAGUUUGUCUUGCCAAUUUGCUAAGCUAACGAGAAUGUUAGUGAUUGUUUCAAUGUUCAUUAUUGUAGUAUCUAACAAACUUUACAUGGAAAUAAGAAAUAUAAUACUUUACCUGAACAAUUAUCACACUGUUUACAGACGUGAAUAAUCAUACAUUCUUGUAAAAGUAUUUAUUGAUAAGAAAACAUGAGAACAUAUACAACCUGUAGCUGCAUGCCUUAGUGCUGAUAGCUCGUACACUUUUUUCGCAAAUUAAACGUUUUCGAAAUAGCGAGUCGAUGUCAAUACAGUCACGACCAUUUUACACCUUCUCUCCUUUAAUAUCACCAAUUUAAAUCUUAAUACCAAUGAUAAUCAGAUUUUCUUUUCAUGAAUACGUGCUGCUAUCAAUGCAAAAUGUUUUUGUUGACACUGUUGAUUUUCCUUGCAAUUAUAGCCAAACAUAGCAUACCCUCCAAAAGGGAAUAAUGCCAAUCUUGUAUGUGUAUUUUUGAAGCCAAGUGUACAGGCUUUUUGUAUAUUGUGUAAUAUGUUAUGUCUUAUUUAUCUGCAUUUUCUAUGUCAUUUUCCAUGUUGGUGCUUUCAAUCCUCGUAUUUCAAAAGAGUUUAUUUCUUUGAGUAAGUUAUAUAUCGCUGAAAUAAAUAUUUCAGAGUAGCACAUG